UGCGCGCGCUCGGGGUGACUCCCGGGCCCCGGCCAGGGUCCCCUGCACCGGCUCCUCGUCCGGGAGGUCCGGCGUCGGGACCGCGCAGACGCCGUCCUAGGGGCCCACGCGGCCGCCCAGAGCCCGAGCCCGGCUCCCCUCCCCUCGGAGGCGCCAUCGACCUUCCCGUGCCGGAAGAGCUGGCCUGCUGUCCUGUCUGGCUCACGCUCCAAACAAGAGGGCAGUGCAUGAAGCCAGGGGUCAUCAGCCAUGCUCCAGACAGUAUGGUUCCAGGGCUUGAGCAGGAACCUGUUGUUUCAGGAGCCAGUGACCUUUGAGGACGUGGCUGUGUACUUCACCCAGAAUGAAUGGGCCAGCCUGGACCCUGCGCAGAGGGCCCUGUACAGGGAGGUGAUGCUGGAGAAUUACGCAAAUGUGGCUUCCCUGGCUUUUCCGUUCACCAGACCUGUUCUGGUCUCCCAGCUGGAGCAAGGGGAACUGCCAUGGGGCCUCGAUUCCUGGGAACCUGUGGGCAGGGAGGCCCUCAGAGGUAUCUGUCCAGGGGAUCAGACCAGAACUGAGAAGGAAGGAUUAGCUCCAAAGGAACACACAUCCAAAGAAACUGAGUCCCUCAGACUGACAUUAGGAGGAUUGCCAGGGAAUGUUCCCCAGUACCUUGACUUUGGGAGCAGCCUAGAGCAGCCCCAGGGUCAUUGGGUAACUAAGACAAAGCCAAAGAGGAGAGAGUUCACAGAUGGAUCAACCAGGUAUCGUGAGGCCUGUGCUGUCAAGAGUAAAGAGAAGUGUGAGAAAUUAGGGAAAAAUGUUAGUGUUGGCGCACAACUCACUGUGAAUCAAACAAUUCCUAGUGGUCAGAUAUCUUAUGAAUGUGGAAAAUGCGACAGAUAUUUCAGUCGAAUGGCAGACUUCCACCGACAUCAGAAACGUCACAAUGGUGAAAAGUUUUUUGAAUGCAAAGAAUGUGGAAAAGACUUCAGAUAUAACUCAUUACUUGUUCGGCAUCAGAUAAUUCACACUGGAAAGAAACCAUUUAAAUGUAAAGAAUGUGGAAAAGGUUUAAGUUCAGACACAGCUUUGAUUCAGCAUCAGAGAAUCCACACUGGAGAAAAGCCCUAUGAAUGUAAGGAGUGUGGCAAGGCCUUCAGUAGCAGCUCGGUCUUCCUCCAGCACCAGAGGUUCCACACUGGGGAGAAACUCUAUGAAUGUAACGAAUGUUGGAAAACUUUCAGUUGUAGCUCAAGCUUCAUUGUCCAUCAGCGAAUGCACACUGGGGAGAAACCCUAUAAAUGUAAAGAGUGUGGGAAACGAUUAAGCUCCAACACGGCCUUGACUCAGCAUCAGCGAAUUCACACUGGGGAGAAGCCCUUUGAAUGUAAGGAGUGUGGGAAGGCAUUCAAUCAGAAAAUAACCCUGGUUCAGCAUGAGCGAGUUCACACUGGUGAGAAACCUUAUGAGUGUAAGGUGUGUGGGAAAACCUUCAGCUGGUGUGGAAGGUUCAUUCUGCAUCAGAAACUACACAUGCAGAAGGCACCUGUCCAAGCAUAGCACUCUUCACAGUGAGGCUCACUGUGUCUCUCCUUGUUUCUAUUUUCAUGCUCUUUAUCAGUGUUCUCACUGUCUUUCCUGGACUGUGCUGAUUCUUAACCAUAUGCCUUUGUUCUAACGACUGUGCAUAUCUGGAAUGCCCACUUUUCUACCUGUCCAGUCAUAUGUUUAAUUCAGAAUCUUGGCUUCCAUCAUGAAAUGUUUCUCAAAUUUUCUAAGCCCUUGUCUCCCCAACAUGAAUUCUCUUUACAGCUAGAAAAGACAAAAAACCUAAAAAAACAGCUCCUAAAUUGACAAACAUAAAAGGAAAUGUAAGUUUCCAGAUAUUAAGGGUAUGCAAGAUGGAUUUGGGGGGAACUUACAUUAAAGAACAUUACUGUGAAUUAUGAAAACACCAGGUUUGAAUAAGAGAUCCUAAAAAAAUUUCUAGAGAGAACAAACAAAAGGUCAGAAAUGAGAAUGGCAUUAGAUUUCUCAACAGCAACCUUAAAGUUAGAUGACAAUGGUGUAUUCCUUCAAAAUUCUAAUGGAAAAUGAUUUCCCCCUAGAAUUCUAUGCCCUCGAGUGUAAGAAAAGAAUAAAGGCAUUUCAUACCCUUUAGUUUUCAAACCUUUAUCUCCCAUGCAUCCUUUCUCAGAAGUGCAACACUAAACAAGGGAUAAAUCAGGAAAUGAAAAGACAGACAUGUGGACACCCUAUUACAAUCUGUAUAUCAGAAAUCUAAAUUCAAAAACAGAAGGGCCCAGUCCAUAUGGAGCCAUGUGCAUCUUGGAAGACAUCCCUACUAGGGUGCAUACUUCAGAGACCUACCUCUGGUGCAGUAUUCACUCACCCUACUUACUCUGCAGUUAACCUUCACUACUCAAUCACAGUCUGUGCCUUUGCAGAAGUCAGGGUGUAUAUACCCUUUGAGUCAGGUGCAAGGCCCUAUUUGUCUUAAAUUUAUUCAUCUCAUUGCUGUUCCAUGUGACCUUAAAGGAGGAAACAUUUUCUUGCAACUCCAUCUAGUUAUUUUUUGUGAUCAUGGGAGAACCUACCAUUAUUUCUCUUACCUAAGGAAAUGAAGGAGGAUGUAAAUGUGUUCUGUUUUAGCAUCCACUUUGCAGGCAGCUUGAUUUUGCCCAUUGCAGGAAGCAGAGGAUAGUGGUUAAUAAUACAGAGCCAGGCAAACUUUGAACCCAAGUGUGUGACCUUGGUUAAGUUACAGAAACUAUGUAUUAAUUUCUUGGUCUGUGAAAUGGGGAUGACAGUCAAUCUACCUUACAGGUUUGUGUUGAGGCUUAAAUGCAUUAAUAUAUGAAGAAGUGUUUCAAUAGUGACUGGUGCAUAAUAAAGUGUGGCCUAUUAUUAUAAUGCUAUUGAUAAGUUUUGACUUAUCAAUACACCAGUGAAACAAUCACCACAAUCCAGAUAUAAACAGCCAUCACCCCCAGAAUUUGCUUGUGCUCCUUUGUAAUGCCUUCCAUUUGACCCUCCACAGCCAGCCACUCAUCUGCUUUCUGUCACUGUGGAUUAGUUUUCCUUUAUUUUUUGGUGUGAUGUUUUUCACUCAGGGUAAUUAUUUUGAGAUUCACCCACGUUGUUGCAUAUAUCAGUAGUUCAUUCCUUUUUAUUGCUGAGUAGUAUUCUACUGUAUUGGUAUUUCCACAGUUUGUUUAUCCAUUGGCCUGUUGAUGGCCAUGUGGAUUGUUUCCAGUUUUUGGCUAUUAUAAAUAAAGCUGCUAUGAACAUUUGUGACCAA